AUGGAGAAUCACCAAUCAUUUAAUUACCCUGGCAACCCGCUUAAAUUAGAAGACUCCUUCCGUGUUCUUGCGUUGGAGCCAGGUCAGGGACGAGAUCCGGUCAAGGUCCGCCUUCUGGAUUGCCUCCUCAGCGAUCAUCCUAACUACGAGGCGGUAUCUUAUGCCUGGGGUGACCUCUCUCUUACGGCCGACAUACUCGUCAGCCAUGAUGGUGAUGAAGCACAUUACCAACCAGUGCCUGCGACGACCAAUUGUCAAGCUGCUCUCAAAGGUUUGCGCUACUCCGAUCGAGAACGCCUGCUAUGGAUUGAUGCUAUUUGCAUCAACCAGGGCUCCGUCAAGGAACGGAACCACCAGGUCCAGAUGAUGAGCAAAAUAUAUGCAAGGGCUUCCCGCGUAGUGGUUUAUCUGGGCGAACAUACAGAUGGUAGUGAUCUGGUCAUGGACUGGAUUGUACAAUCGGCUGAAGCUCCAGAUUAUGGUGAGCCCGGCGCUCAUGAGCCACCGGCACCGCCCAAAGAAGCCCUUGCGGCUCUUUUGGGGCGUCCUUGGUUCCAUCGCGUAUGGGUACUCCAGGAGAUAAGCUUCGCCAGCGACUGCAUAGUCCUCUGUGGCGACCGAGCCGUAGCGUGGAGCACAUUUCAACAAAUCCGACGGACCAUCGUCGAUGCUGGAACGUUUGUCAAGAUACCAUACUCGUUGGGAUUCUCUGACAGGAAAGAAUCAUUUCGUUACGCUACAUACGGAUUCAUUCCUCAAGCCCGACAGUUAUUGAAUAUGCUUCGUUCUUCAAGGCAUUGCAAGGCAACAGACCCGCGGGAUAAGAUUUACGCAAUCCUGCCUUUGCUUAAAAGACAACAUCAGAGAGUCCUUUCUGCAUUGAAUAGACGGCUCCAAGACCCCAGCGACGAGAGUAUAAAGCACGUAAACGCGGAUGUGAUAAGACAAGUACUAAUAGUUCGGCCGGAUUAUAAUGCCACAGCUGCUGAAGUUUUCACCCAAAUCGCCAAAGACCUGAUGCAAGAACUAGGAGCUGGCAUUGUUCUCCGCGAGGUGAUCACCCCCUGUCACGUUCCCGGGCUGCCAUCGUGGGUGCCAGACUGGAGCGUAGAUUGGCCCCAUGGGAAGGACAGAUACCGAAGCAUCAUUGAUAGGCAGGAUGACUACCCAUUGUAUGAAUUGCGGAAGACAUCGCAAGACUCCUGGUGGAUAACAGACUACAGCCUGCCGGAAGGACGCCCCUCAUGUCAACUCCAUCUUGAGGCCUUUUUCAUAGGCACUAUUCUUCAUCUUGGGCCCGUCUGCGAUCUCGACAAAAAUUUCUUCCCAUUGUUUCAAUGGUGGGAUUUGGCCAAGGAUCGCGAGCAUCCCGAGGAGGCUCUCAGGCUCGCUCGGCAGAGUCCAGUUUCCGAGCGAGCAAAAAACUUCUGGGGCGCUUUGUGUCUGGAAGAAACCUGGGUGAGGAGAGUAGUGCCGCUGAUUAUCGAAAUGGCUGGCCGGUAUGCCCAGUCUUCACCCGACAAUCCAGAUCGAGAAGUUUCUUUGCUCUCUUUUCGUGAAGCAAUGUUUGAAUGGCCCUAUGAUAGCAACACUAUCCGCGCUAAAGAACUUCUGAAUGCCUGUGAUGGAAGAAGAUUUUUUCUUACCGACAGUGGAUGCAUGGGAUUGAUUGCCGGAAAUUUAGAUGCUAAGAUUGGAGAUAUGUUGUUCUCUGGCCAAAAGUGGAACAGGCCGUUCAUCUUGAGAAUGAUCGGGAUACUUGAUGAAACUGAUCAUGGCGAGAGGAUGGUGAAUAUACCGGGAGUGUCGCCUGGUCAAGAUCGGGAAGCUGUUCGGGUUUUCUCGGUACAAGGAAAAGCUAGUAUAGGGACCCAGUGGGUAGAAGAUCAUGCCAAAACGGUAUUCGCUGAGAAGACCGAACAUAUUAUUCUGAGAUGA